AACGGGGUGUGAAAUGUCUCACAGAUGCGCUGUUCCGGGGUGUAGAAGUCGACGAAAGGAUUUUAAAAUUUUUCUUGCUCCAUACACCGAUAAAACACGAUGGGAGGCAUGGAAGAAAGCAUGCCCAUUUUUGGAAACCUAUGACCGUGAACCAAUGAAACUUCAACAUUGUCGAUUCUGCCCUAAACAUUUUUAUCCUGAACAUAUGGACGAACAAAAUAAAUUGACACGAGAAGCGAUUCCAGUUUUAAAUUUACGAUUCGAAGGUUUCACGGAUUAUUGGCAAGACCUAGGCAGCAACAAUGUUGCACCUACUCCUGCAGGCGACCCAGCUGUCGACAAUCAGACCUCUUCAGCACAAGUAGCUACUACGACACUAGCUACUACUGAACAUACACCUCUUAAUACUAAAAUAGAUACAAUACCUGAAACCGUUACUUGUGAAACAGCUUCAGCUGCUACUUUCAAAGCUAGUACAACCAUUUUCAAAGAAUUUCCAUUGAGUCCAUCAGAGAAGAACGAUGAUUCAUUGCAAUUCCAUAAAGAGACUCAGGUGGUGUCCGAUAUUGAAGAUACAAUCGAGGCUGAUGACGAGGGUCCGUUCUCGUGGCAGAAAAGCGUUGUCGUUCCCUGUGACAAAGAUGAGUUUGUGGGUUCAGAGCCAACGAGCCAGCUGAUUGAUGAUGACGUGCUGCUCUACGACUCCAAACCACAUCACAGUCAAGCCGCGCAAGACACAUUUACGGAAAAAACGGAUGAAGUACUGGAGGAGUUAAAAUGCAAUCUGUGUGAAAAUAUAAUAAAAACUGGGUUCCGGUACUCGUGCGUCCAGUGCCCCGACUUCGACCUGUGCGGCGCGUGCGAGACGAAGGGCGCGCACCGGAUGCACUACGUGCUCAGGUCGCCUGGCACCAAGGACGUCAGCGAAGUGCAGCUGAUGCUGCGCCUGAUCCGCCAGGCGAUACUGGCCGAUUCCAUCGUGUCGCUCCGCGACCAUCCCGAUGCGCCGCAGGAUGAGAUCAAAGAGGAGGUCGAAGAGGGACCAGAGCCCGAGCGUGAAGAGGACGACCCUCUUUCGGCCGAAUUUCUCCCUGCGAAAACUACAGCACAGGAAUUGACUGUGGACGAGUGCUUAGACACAACAGCGACGGAAUCCGAAGAAGACGAACCUCUCCAGAAGAUACCUGCACUCUCUCCAUUUGAGUCUCUUGAAAUGCCGACUACCUUUACACUUGUAACUACACAAGGAUCCUCGGCUAAAGAAAAUCAGGUUUUAGUUCAAAUAAAGCCCCAUAAAAGCACAAAUAAACGAAAGACAUGUAUACGUGUUCCAGAUGAAACUAAACAAACGCACGUAAAAACGCCCAUACGACCCUUCAUUCUGAAACAUACACCAAAGGAGAAAUCUUUACCAUUAGUUAGCUCAACACAGCAAGGUCACAGUUCUGGGAAUCUUGUGGGCACCCAGACAUUCGCUGUAAAACUGGUAUUAUUGCCAAAUACACAAAGUAAUUUAAUGGUCAAUAACAGUAGAACAUCACUCACACCAAGUAAUAUUAUCAUCCAGGACAAUAGAACGCCAAUGACACCAAGUCAUGUAAUUGUUCAAGACAAUAGGGCGCCAAUAACACGAAGUAAUAUAAACGUUCAAGACAAUAGGGUGUCAAUUGCACCAAGUUGUAUAAUCGUUCAGAACAAUAGGAUGCCGAUUAUUUCUAGACAUGUAGGUGUCACAAAAUCAGCUCAAUCAGUCGUAAUAGAAACUAAAUCAGAGCGAUUGCGGACAAUGAAGCUGAAUCCAACAGUAAGAAUAGAAAGGCUUGGUGUACAUAUAUUAAAUUAUUAUAAAAGUGGUAGACAGAUACACAGAUGACAAUAAUAACUUCGUAUGUUUCUCACAAUCAGUGGGAAAUGGAAGAGGAGAAUGAAUUCAAAAAUUAUAUUUUAUAAGAUUUGUUAGGACAAAUGGAAGGAGGCAUCGUUUAGUUUUGCUAAUGAGCCAUGAAAGCGCCACUUUGACAGUUACCAACUUCAUUAGAACACAACAAAGUUCUUUGGAUUGAACUGUACAAUUAGUACAGUAUGAAAAUAAAUAGAUGUAAGGUAUAUAAAGUAAGGAUUCCAUGAAAUGUGAUGCAUAUGAAAGAAUAACGCAUAGACGCUGUCUUAAUACUGUUUUCUUUGAUUGUUCAGUUGAGUACCAACUAUCAACUUCAAUGCUGUGCCAAUGCCAAUGAUCGACGAUACUUCGAAAUGUAUCAAGAAUUGUUACGUAACACAUAAAUAGGUUUACAAAUAAAUAAUUAAAUAUUAGACAACAUCACAUACAUUGUUCUGAUCCCAAAGUAAGUAACUAAAGUACUUGUGUUAUGGUAAUCUGAAACAACUACGGUACCACAAACACCCAGACCCCAGAUAAUAAAUUACAAUUUGAAUAGUAUGGACAAAACGUUGCAAUGUGCAUGUGCAAGAAAAUUCGGACUUUUUAUUAACAAAAUACGAGGGGUAAUCCAAAAGUAAUGAUAAUCGGAUAUUUGUAGAGCACAUAAAAUUAUGAAAAAAAUUGUUCUAAUAUCCACCUCGCAAUAACUCGAUUCACGAUAAAAAUUUUGUUUUAUUUAUUAGUUUUUAUUCUGAAAAUUGAUACGUUAAGCCGAAAACUCCCGACAAAUCUAGACGGAUGGUAACCCUACACCCAACCGACAUUGGCGAUGAUCGUCAUAACUUAUGUUAUUCUUACCGAUCUGACAUUGGUGAAAUCUUUGAAAAAGCGCCGCCAAAACGCAAAAACAAUUACAGGAGUUCGUAUUCAUCGUUUGGUGAGCACCAUGGCGAGAAUAAAAGUUUAGAAAACUACGUGUAACUAAAUACAAUAUAAACAUUAUUUGUCCGUUUUUCUCCGACUUGACUUCUGUCACACUAUGCAAAAACGUAGUAGUUACGACAGAUUCACUAACACACCCAAACUUACAAUGCUGCUAUUUUUUCAAUGUACCUCGGCAAACUUUGUGUUUCCGCUGUCUGUUUUAUUCAGUUGCUCUUUUUGCGUGUGGUACAGAUCGGACGCUGUCAGUAGACUUGGAAGUAUAUACAUAGAGUUUCUAUUACGUUUUUUAUUUAUUAUGCAAUGGGAGGAAAGCCGCUAAAGUCACAGGCACGACAGAUAAUUUACAGCGUGUACUUGUAUUUUUUACAAAAAGCCGAUACGUUCAAGAAAUACAACAAUGGUUAUUUUCAAAAAGUCCAAAUACUUGUUUCUGUAGCUUGUGGUUUUUCAAUCAGAACUGAAGAAUAUUUUGAAAUAACCGGGAAAAUAUUCAUUUUUAGUUAUAAAAAAGCGCACUUUAUAAUUUUGUUAACUUGCUUAUUGACAUGGGAGUAUUUGUUAAUAAAAAUAGGAAAAUAGUAUUACAACUCUAUAUAGUUCACAAGGAAAUCAAAACAAAACAAAAUUCAAAUUAUUAUAUAUUUUAAAUCUAAUAAUUAAUUGGCAUGGAAAUUAAUAUUCGUGUGCUUUCGGAAAUCUGAUUAUUGCCGAGGGACAUCGAGCUCUACGGGCAUACUGAAAACCUGCGCCGUGGUAUGUCACUGCAGCACAUGCUAAGUUAAGUCCCGUGUUGGUGUGACGCUGCAACACAGACCAUACCAGACUGUCUACUUUGUGUUUACUUUAAUUGUGACAUGUCAAAAGUUUUUUUGUGUGGUUUUGUGUUGUUGUAUUGUGCCAGUAAAAGUAUGUCUAUGUCUACUUUGACAAAAUAGAAGCACUGUACCCGUGUAUUAUUUAUAUCAAAACUUCUUAAUUGAUCUAUGCCUGCCCACGUAAUAUAAUAAUGUCUUAAUUGUGAGAAAUGCUCAUCCAUCUAAUGUGGUGGACAAUAGCGUAAACUCUCGGUUACAGGAGUCCUACGUGACUAUCAAGUCACGUGAUAUGUAUGUAAGAAUUUCCAAGACUGAUUUUUGUUUGUAAGAGUUAUUAGUUAGUGAAUAAAC